GCGCGUGGGUCGGAAGCGCCGCGGCGGUGGCGGAGCGGAAAAUGGCGACGGCCGCGCAGCUCACGGAUGAGGAGCUCUUCUCGGAGCUGAGGCGUUUCGGCUUCUCCCCGGGGCCGGUCACCGAGAGCACCCGGCCCGUCUACCUGAAGAAGCUGAAGAAGCUGCGCGAGGAUGAGCGGGCCGGGGCCCGCGGCGGCGGCGCCAACAAGACCCGGAACAGCAACAACAAUAACACGGGGGCCGGAGCGGCGCCGGGCGGAGGCGGCGGCCGCGGGCGGGCGGCCACGGGAACGCGGCUGGCCGGCGCCGAGCACCCCUUCCUCCCCGGGGCUGCCGCCGGGGGCGGCCGUGGCCGCGCCGCACCCCCCGCCGGCGGUGGCAAAGUGCUGCUGGGUUUCAGCUCGGACGAGUCGGACGCGGAGAGCAGCCCCCGGGGCCAGGCCGGCGGCAGGAGGGAGCGCGCUGCGCCCCUGUUCCGCGGCCUCAGGCCCGCCGCCCCCCACGGCGUGAGCAGCAACUCCCCCCCGGAGGAGGCGGCCCGGCGGAAGCCCAGCUCCUGGUGGGGGGCAGCGGCCAGGAGACCGGCGGCGACCCAGGGCGCGAGGGAGCUCGGGGACGGCGAGGAGGAGGGAGGAGAGGAGGAGGACGACGAAGACGAGAAGGAGGAGGAGAGCGAGCAACAGCGGUGGAAGAACCGGACCGUGAACGGGAACCGGCUCCUCUCCUACGGCGGCAGCAGGGACAAGUACUCGGACUCGGAGGAGGAGGAGGAGGAGGCGGCGGGGGCGAGGGCCAAGCAGCAGGGACCGAAGGAGGAGUCUGCUGUUCGCCGGCCCAGACGGAGCCUCAGCAAGUCGCCUGCUCCAUUCAUAACAAGCAAAUGCGCUGCAGCCGGCGCUGGCGUGAUGGAGACGGGCCAAGAAAGGGCUGGCGGAGGCUGCGGUGCUGGUGUGCUCGUAACGAAUGACAGGGCGGCGGGGGCGGCUGCUGCCGGCAGUCUAGACAGGGGCAGAAACGAGGAGGAGGAGAAUGAGGCGGCAGCGGAGGGAAGAGGAGGAUGUGAAAAUCUGGACUCUAGUCCUCCCAGCCCCAGAUACCGCCUAUCCAAGAAAUCUCCAUCAGUAUUGUUGCUGCCACCACCGCUCACGGACGUGGACAGCGGUAAAAUCACUGACCCCGCAGGCACCAUUAGGAAAGCGACCAAUAAUCAUGUUCUCAGCGGUGCUCCUGGUAGCUAUAAUGUUGAAUCCAAGAUCUAUUCAGCUACUAAUAGCCUUCCCCCGAGUGGAACCACCUCCUCCCUUAGACUCAACCACUCCAAUCAUACGGGUUCAAAUCAUACCUACCUGAAAAACGCCUACAAGAAGAAUCUCUCUGAGCCCGAGGAGGAGCUUCUCCAGCAGUUCAAAAGAGAGGAGGUAUCCACCACUGGAGGCUUCAGUGCACAUUACCUGUCCAUGUUCCUCUUAACUGCUGCAUGCUUGUUCUUUCUGAUACUGGGAUUCACAUACCUGAGAAUGAGAGGUUCUGGAGUAGCUGAGGAUGUGGGAGCCAACAGUAAGUAUUAG